AUGAAGACACCAUCACUGGCGAGCUCUAGUGCUUCCGGUCGCACCCGCUCAACGUCGCCGCUAAAGAGACAAUGGGCAGAACUUCGUCUUGAGGAGAGAGGUUUCGAAACAGAACAACUUGACGUCGAUGCUCUUGAGGACCUGCCGAAUCCACAGGCCGCUUCUCUUUUACGAGUCAUGCGUCGCAUCGGUGCUCGCAGGGGCAUUCUUCCAGAUGACCUGCGCGAGAAGAUAUUGAGGGACCACAAUAUAAGAAAGAAUGAUCUGGAAGAGUGGGACAUAGCUUUCAAAGACUCUGACGCGUUUGACGGUAUUCCAUGUCGCAUUCCGACACCCAGCGAGAUUAGAUUAGUUUGCGAGUGGAACAAGGAGUGCACUAAUUCCAAGCAUGAGGAAGCUGGCUGGAACGAUGAGGUUCACUUUCGCUUGCUACAAGCGAUCCUGAGAGAGCCCGGAGAGAAAAAAGGAGGACUCUUCAACAUUACCACUUGCAAUACAGCUCGUCCUCAUAGAAUAUUCCUACCAAAGUCGAGUGGCUCUAAGAUGGUUGACUUCUGCGUCUACGCUGACUCAACCCAGCAAGACGUCGUUUCAGUGAAGACUUACGAAGCCUUUUGCAACACAAACCCGACUAAAUCUGUCAAUCACACAGACUUUCUGCGACUGCAAAUGCAUCCAAUAGUGCUGAGCAUUGAGACAAAGGCAGAAAAUCAGAGCCUUGAUAAAGCUACGCUGCAAGUCGGUACCUGGCAUGCUGCCCAAUGGGAGUUUCUUCGCUCGUCGCUGCUCUAUGUCAAGCGCGCGUCCGCUGCCAAGCGUUCGGUAGAACAGGAAGUAAAAGAAGCGGAUGAGGCUUUGUCGCGAUUGCCUUUCAUCCCUGCGGUGAUUGUGCAAGGCCAUAGGUGGCUCUUCGUUCUUUCAACGCGCCAGGAUGAAAAGACACUACUUUGGAAGGAGUAUCAGUUUGGUAGCACCUCCUCGGUGGUGGAGACAUAUCAGGCUGUGGCUGGACUAAGAGAGCUUAUCUCGUGGGCUGAGAAGAUCUACUUACCGUGGUUCCAGAAGGAAAUCCUGGCGUUCCAUAAACCUAGACCUAAACCGCAACCUGCUACAGUAUGA